CGCGAAACCCUAGUGCUCGGCACGAACCACCUAUAAAUUCCCAUCCCACCGGGCCUCCCCAAACCCUAGAAGCCCCCUGCCUCCUGCGCCUCCACUUCCAUCGCCUCCCCAAGAUCGCAGAUCCGCUCCGGUGAGAAUCCGUCGCCAUGUCUUCCAGCGAGGUCGCCUGCACCCUUGCCGCCCUCAUCCUCCACGAUGACGGGAUCCCCAUCACUUCUGAGAAGAUCGCGACGGUGGUGAAGGCUGCCGGAAUCAAGGUUGAGGCCUACUGGCCCGCGCUCUUCGCCAAGCUCCUGGAGAAGAGGAGCGUCGAUGACCUCAUCCUUUCCGUCGGAUCUGGUGGAGGUGGUGCUCCAGCUGCUGCUGCUGCUGCCCCGGCUGCUGGUGGUGCUGCUGCCGCUGAAGAGAAGAAAGAAGAGAAAAAGGAGGAGGCCAAGGAAGAGAGCGAUGAUGACAUGGGCUUCAGCUUGUUUGACUAAGCAGUUCAAUUCCAGCUCUCCUGUGGAAUCUGCUAUGCUAAAGAUUACCUAUCUUAUGUGCUUUUAGGUUGAAUUUUGCGGAUUUGAUAUGUUAUUCUGUUGAGACCUAAGUAUCUGUGCAAUGAGUACUGCAAACCACCUUGGGAUGGUCUUUUUAGAAUGAAAAUGGUUCUACAUUA